UUUCUGACUCCAGGAAAGAAGAUGGAAACGCUUUUAUCCACUCUCUUGACCCAUAAGAGUUAUAUUUUCAGCAAAAUGGCUGCCCGCUUGGUAAACCGUGUUGCCUGCUUGAGAGGUCAAAGACUGAGCAAAGCUUCAAGACGCAGUUUAAGCAGUACAAAUCCUGGGAGUUUAGAACCAAGCAUCACAAAUGUUUCUCUUUCGGAGAAAAUUCCAGGCCUGCCGCUUCCAAAGUAUGCCUCAGUGACAAGUCAUGUGUAUGACACACAUGUGACAACUCUCGACAAUGGACUUCGCAUUGCUUCUGAGAAUAAAUUUGGACAGUUUUGCACUGUUGGUGUUCUUGUUGACUCAGGGUCGAGGUAUGAAUCUGCAUAUCCCAGCGGAAUUACUCAUUUCUUGGAGAAAAUGUCGUUUGGGAAAACCACAAAUUGGGAAGACAGAGACAAGAUCUUACAAGAACUCGAGAAGGUUGGAGGCAUCUGUGAUUGCCAAGGGUCAAGGGACACCUUGGUCUACGCCGCCUCUACCCGGACUGACGGUCUGCAGAGAGUGAUGAACGUCCUCUCCGAUGUGGUGCUCCGACCAGAGUUCCCAGAACACCAGCUGGAAGACGCCCGCCAAGCCAUAAGGUUUGAGAUUGAGGCAAUGAACAUGGACCCAAACCCAGAGCAGCUCCUAAUGGAAAUGGUCCAUGCUGCAGCCUACAAGGGCAACACUUUAGGCCUUCCCCGUAUUUGCCCCGAAGUGAACAUUGACCUGAUCACACAGAAAGCUCUGUACGCCUUCAUGAAAGAGAGGCACCACCCGUCGAAAAUGGUGGUUGCGGGGGUCGGUGUGGAUCACGAGGCAUUUGUGGAGUGUGCUCAGAAGUAUUUUGUGGAGGAGAAGAAGCCGCUGUGGGUGCCCGAGGGCCAGGUGUGGGGGCAGACGGAGCUGGGGAGCACCUGUGUGUCUCAGUACACGGGCGGAUCUCUGCAGGUGGAGAAGGACCUGUCCAACGUGAGCCUGGGCCCCACCCCCAUGCCAGAGCUGGCUCACAUCGUGCUGGGCCUGGAGAGCUGCAGCCACAAAGACCCGGACUUCAUCGCCUACUGCGUGCUCAACAUGAUGCUCGGGGGUGGGGGAUCCUUCUCAGCGGGCGGCCCAGGGAAAGGGAUGUACACCCGCCUCUACCUCAACGUCCUCAACAGGUAUGUUUGGAUUGAGAGCGCCACAGCCUACAACCACGCUUAUGAAGACAGUGGCUUGUUCUGCAUUCAUGCAAGUUCUCAUCCAUCAAAGUUGCGAGAUCUUGUGGAGGUCAUUCUCAGGGAGCUUGUGUUCACUUCCAGCAUGGUGUAUCAGGAUGAGCUGAGCCGCGCCAAACGACAGCUGCAGUCUAUGCUGAUGAUGAACUUGGAGGUUCGUCCAGUCGUGUUUGAAGACAUUGGCAGACAGGUGCUGGCUGGUUCCGGCCGACGUACUCCCCAGUUUUACUAUGACCAGAUAGCUAGCAUAACAGAACGGGACGUCCAAAGAGUGGCCACUCGUAUGUUGAAGAGCAAGUUGUCCCUGGCUGCCUACGGGUCGUUAUCGGAACUGCCGUCGUUCGAGGACAUGGAAGCGGCCCUGGCAAGCCGGGAUGGACGGCUGCCCAGCAAGAAAAGCUUCUCUUUGUUCCGACGAUAGACGUGGUGAAAAACAUGGCAUUUUUUCAGCAUCAACACAUUUCAUUUGGUUUGGCCAGACUUAACUACUAUCGCGUCAUGAUAUUUUGUAUUUGAGGUCCUUCAGGACAUUUGUAUGAUAAGUUAAAGUUUUGAUCUGAAGAGACUCUGCUGUGUGUGUGGUGAAGGAGAUUGUGAGGUGUGAUAGGGAGGAAUGAGUGACUGUUGUGAGUUUCAGUGUGUCUGAUGUGAAGAGAGGAUGAUAUAGGAAGAGUCAAUUGGCUGCCAUCAAAUCAAAAGACUCUCAGGUCAUUCCAGUAAGGCAUAUCAGUGAAGGUAGAAUGUAUAGUGCCUUGAAAGAGUUGCAGUGAGAAAAAGGCCCUGAAGUUUCAUCAAUUGUAAGUUCGCACAGCAUACCUUAAAGUUAAGAUAUUUUAGGGUAGCUGACCACUUGGAAUUUUGGUGUCUUCUAGAAUUUGGAAAUCAAUUUUUGUUUUUUCGGUCACUGUUUGCUGCUUGUCAUGGUCAGUUUUAAAAGUCCGAAACAUUUUUUUUCAAAAGAAUUGCAAUGUUUUAUGUUCCAUUUCAAACUUUAGAAUAAUUUUAGAGACAAAAAAGUGCAAGUUUUAUGUACAUAUUAAGCAGGUGAACUUGCUCAGAGAUUUCUUCAAGAAAAAGGUGGCAGUGAGUAAAGCUAUGAUUUUUGUAAUGUAUGAAAGAGAAGAAUGGUUGUGGAAUUUGUCAGAGAAGACUGUGAAGAGUUGGACCGGUAGCGGUUUUCACAUAAAGGGUAUCAUUAAGCAUCGUUGUCAUGAUUUCAGCAUUAAUGCCCAGAUUUUUCCCCUCACCUUAUGCGACGAUAGUAACCUGGUAUAUACUACGGUCUGUGUUCCUGUGCUAUGAAAUAUUUUUCCUUUUGUAUGUUAUCAUUUUGUCUGUGAGGCUUUCAGAGCGGUCGAUUUUCAUGUUGUUAACAGAUCUGGAACAGAUUUAUGACUUUCACCAUGUUAACAAAAUGGUUACAGUUCACAUCAUGUGUUAUUUCAGGCCAUGUCAACGAAAAGCUGUAAUAUGUAAAGUGUUGACUCCAGGGCAUAAAGGGGGGAUUUGUUCAUGACCUUGGUACAAAUGUUUUCAUUUUGAAGGGAAGUCGUCAGUUUCAACUUGUCGUGUGGUGCUGAAAUGGUUGUGGAUGCUGUCCUUUUUAUUCAAGUGGCAUGCUGAAGAUUUUUUCCCACAAAGAAAGAUGCCUUCCUCUAGCCUCGACGGAUCCAGUUGCACAUCAUAUGCCCUUGCUCUACUCGAUAAAUACAUUUGCCAGGCCAUUUUUUUAAAAAAAUGAAGAUGAAAAAUUCAUUUCACACUGACAUCUCAUUCUUUGUCAUACAGUUUACCAAAUUCCUGUUGUGAGAUAAUAUAUAAAAUCUCAUCCCAACGAUACGUUGAACCUUUUUCACGGAAGUUUUCUCGACCAGGUGCUACAGUGUACACUGUCUACUUCCGAGUUACUCGUAUGUGUGUCCUUUAACAAAAUGAUUUUCCCUCCUUUUGUUUUCAAGUUAAUUUUAGUUUUCCAUUCUUUCAAAAUCGAACAUUUUCUCUAUUUUCUAUUUUGUACAUGCUGUAAGUUUGAUGGCUAGAAAUACAACUUGGAAAAGUGGAGAACAUUUUUAUGGACAUAUGUCCUCAGAGAGGUGUGCACGAACAUUUAAAACUUGUUAUCAAAUUGCCAUUGAAAUUAGGGAGGUUGAAAGAUGUGAUGAUGUCUGUUGUCCUACAGGUGCUCUUGUGAUAGUAUAAUGUGUAUCUGGAACACACAAAAAAACCUUCAAAAGGUGGCCCAUCCUACUUUUAUAGGGGGAUGAAAUGUGCAGUUUUAAAAGACCUAGCUGUUCCAUUACGUGGGUAAAAUCUAUGUAUCUUGUAUAGUGUGGUAUGCCAUGGUCCGUAUCUUGAAAUGAGCUAAGAAAAUACAUACAGUAUAACACGGAUAGUUCGAUUUACAUCAAGACAGGCCUCGGUAGUUCGAGGUCGAGGGGUUCGUAGUUCAAGGGAUAUCUUACAAAGAUAAAGAGGAAGAAAAAAUGAGACAGCAGGUACAGUUUGUCGGAUGAGUGAUUUUGAGUCGUCUGUGUUCGACCUAUCUGUGUUAUACUGUUUAAUAUAUUCUGUUAUGUACAUUGCUAUUUCAUAAGUUAUGUGGAUGAGAUAUGGUGUACGGGACUGACAGUUCAGAGGUUGAGUAGUCAGUCACAAAGAAAAGGGGGCAACUUCUGGUUACUUCCAGCUGGUGCUUUGUGAGGACAGGUGGCAAGUUGUAAUGUAAGGUUUCUGAGUUUGUUUCGUUGUAUAGAAUUUUUUGAUUCACUUCUGUUCAUUUUUGUAAAAAGAAAAAAAAAGCCAACAAAAAAGAAUUCAGUGAUGUCAUGUUUUGAAGUCGUGAAUAAAGUACAAAAAGAUCCUGAAA